CUACUGUAUACUAGGAAAAAGAUAGAUUCGCAAUUAGUGGCGCGAGCCGAGUUUAUAAAGAAGGGACUCUGAUCCCCACACACCAUAACCGACUCAACCACUCCUUCCUCCUCUUCCUCUUCUCUCAUUCUCUCUUCGGAAAAAUCCUUCCUUUCUGCCUCCGCCAUGGAUCCGCAAAAGUACCGUCCUUCAAGUGCUUACAACUCUCCUUUCUGGACAACAAACUCCGGUGCUCCAGUGUGGAACAAUAACUCAUCAUUGACUGUUGGAACCAGAGGUCCAAUUCUUCUGGAGGAUUAUCACUUGGUGGAGAAACUUGCCAAUUUUGACCGGGAGCGUAUCCCAGAACGUGUUGUCCAUGCAAGGGGGGCCAGUGCCAAGGGUUUUUUCGAGGUUACUCACGAUAUUUCUCACCUUACAUGUGCUGAUUUUCUGCGAGCCCCAGGGGUACAGACUCCUGUUAUUGUUCGCUUUUCCACUGUCAUCCAUGAACGUGGUAGCCCUGAAACCUUGAGGGAUCCUCGAGGUUUUGCAGUGAAGUUUUACACCAGGGAGGGUAACUUUGAUCUGGUGGGAAACAAUUUCCCCGUUUUCUUCGUGCGUGAUGGAAUGAAGUUCCCAGACAUGGUCCAUGCUCUUAAACCUAACCCCAAGUCACACAUCCAGGAGAAUUGGAGAAUCCUCGACUUCUUUUCCCACCACCCAGAGAGUUUGCAUAUGUUCACCUUCCUUUUUGACGAUUUGGGUGUUCCGCAAGACUACAGGCAUAUGGAAGGCUCCGGUGUUAAUACCUAUACUUUAAUCAACAAAGCUGGGAAGGCUCAGUAUGUCAAGUUUCACUGGAAACCUACUUGCGGAGUGAAGUGUUUGUUGGAGGAAGAGGCCAUUCAGGUUGGGGGUUCUAACCACAGCCAUGCAACCAAGGAUCUCUAUGAUUCAAUAGCAGCUGGGAGCUAUCCCGAAUGGAAACUUUUCAUCCAGACGAUUGAUCCGGAUCAUGAAGACAGAUUUGAUUUUGAUCCACUUGAUGUGACAAAGACAUGGCCGGAAGACAUCUUGCCACUUCAGCCAGUGGGCCGCUUGGUCUUGAAUAAGAACAUUGAUAACUUCUUUGCCGAGAAUGAGCAGCUUGCAUUUUGCCCUGCUAUCAUCGUACCAGGUGUCUACUACUCGGACGACAAGUUGCUUCAAACUCGGAUAUUCUCUUAUGCUGAUACUCAGAGGCAUCGUCUUGGACCUAACUAUCUGCAACUCCCAGCUAAUGCUCCCAAGUGUGCUCAUCAUAACAAUCAUCAUGAGGGUUUCAUGAAUUUCAUGCACAGGGACGAGGAGGUAAAUUACUUCCCAUCGAGGUUUGAUCCUGCUCGUCAUGCUGAGAGAUUCCCAAUGCCGCCUCCUGUUUUGACAGGAAGGCGUGAAAAGUGCAUUAUUGAGAAAGAGAACAACUUCAAGCAGCCUGGAGAGAGAUACCGAUCUUGGGCAACAGACAGGCAAGAGCGGUUUAUCUGCCGAUGGGUUGAGGCUUUAUCUGAUCCUCGUGUCACCCAUGAGAUCCGUAGUAUCUGGAUCUCAUACUGGUCCCAGGCUGAUAAGUCCUUGGGUCAGAAGAUAGCAAAUCGCCUGAAUGUCAGACCAAGCUUUUGAAGGUGAUGUUAACCUGGAUGCUUUGAGUCGCAGGGAAUGGGAGUAACAUAGAAAGGAUAUCAGUUUCCUGGUGGUAUGAUUUCAAUGUUUGUCCUCUGUUGUGUUAUGUUAUAUGCCAAACUAAGUUGAAUGACUUGUGAGAUUUUGACCGGAUGAUGUUCUAAUCUUAAUAAAGUGUUGUUAGACUUU